CAAAUCUUAGGUUUUUAAGGGGUCCUUCAUUUGCGGCAGGGUGUCACUUGCUUGUAUUUACAGUACAUUUUGGGAUCCUUGGUUUAAAAAAAAACGUUGAUUGUCAAUACUGAUUGUCACAUGUGUCUUUUAUGGUUUUUGUGAAUGGCAAGGAUUUGAAAAACAUUUUCCCAAACAUACAUACGUCAACCAUUAAAAAAAAAAAAAAAAAACUUUACCCAAUGAGUCAUUCAGCCUUUCUUACGUAGAAAAUAAACAGUGCUUGAGGAGGGGCGACCAAUUCAAUAAGAAGACAAAACAUGUGGAGCGGAUAAAAGGGAACGGGACCGUGAAGACCGGGACCAUGGAGAGGUCCAGACUAUGGACGGGCGUUGCUGUCUGCGCAGUGUUGCUGUCCGUCGCCAGCGCUGCUGAAACGAACGACUCGGAUCAGGAAUUAGAAGUUGAUACUAGAGCUUUAAUGGAUUUUUACCCAAAAAGUCCGAAUCUGACCAACGAAAAGCAGCUUCUCGGAGCUCUACAAGAAGUUCUGGAAAAACUACAGAGCCAACGCAUUUCACCGUGGGAAAAGAAAUUCGGACAAGUUCCCACGUGCCACGUGGGUGAGCAGUGCGCGGUGAGAAAGGGAUCGAGGAUCGGAAAGAUGUGCGACUGUCCACGGGGGGCGUUCUGCAAUUUUUUCUUGCUUAAGUGUUUGUGAGAAAGAUUAAGCUGGAAUGCGCCUUAAUUGUAUUUUAAAAAUAUAUCUAUAUAUUAAAUCAUUGUUUAUAUCAAUAUUUUAGGUUACAUAAACAUGGCUAUAGUGAUGCUGACGCGUUUGAUAUUGCAGCCGUCAGACGCCUAGCAGCCUCAGAUAAACUGCUGG